CGCGGAUUCCGGCUGGGGAAAGGUCCUGUAGCUGGACGUUUCGGGUCGCGCCUGCCUACGUAGAGAAAAGCGUUCCGGGCCGCGCCUACACACCACAGUUCCGGGAGAGGUGAGGAAAGGUGGGGUCAGCCAUUGUCGUCCGGUUCGCGCAGAGUCCGCUGCCGGAGGCCCGCAAUGUGCGCUGUGCUCCGCCAACCCAAGAGCGUCAAGUUGCGAGCCCUACAUAGCGCGUGCAAGUUCGGCGUGGCGGCUCGGAGCUGCCAGGAGCUGCUGCACAAGGGCUGCAUCCGCUUCCAGCUCCCGGUGUCGGGCUCCCGGCUGUGCUUGUACGAAGAUGGCAGGGAGGUGACCGAGGACUACUUCCCGGGGCUCCCCAACGACACUGAACUCCUGCUGCUUACUGCUGGCCAGACCUGGCAAGGCUAUGUGAAUGACAUCACUCGCUUCCUCAGUGUGUUUAAUGAGCCACAUGCUGGGGUCAUCCGGGCUGCACGGCAGCUGCUGUCAGAUGAACAGGCCCCACUGAGGCAGAAGCUGCUGGCCGACCUUCUGCAUCAUGUCAGCCAGAACAUCACUGCUGAGACCCGAGAGCAGGACCCAUCCUGGUUUGAAGGUUUGGAGUCUCGAUUCAGGAAUAAGUCUGGCUACUUGAGAUAUAGCUGUGAGAGCCGGAUCCGGGGCUACCUGAGAGAGGUAAGUGCAUACGCCUGUGUGGUGGAUGCAGCGGCUCGAGAAGACUAUGAGCGGGUCCUUAGCUCCAUGUGCCAGAAGCUCAAGUCUGUGAAGUACAAUGGCAGCUACUUUGACAGAUGUGCAAAGGCCAGCAGCCGCCUCUGUACUUCAGAAGGCUGGUUUUCCUGCCAGGGCCCCUUUGACCUGGAUAGCUGUCUUUCCAAGCACUCCAUCAACCCCUAUGGCAACAGAGAGAGCCGGAUCCUCUUCAGCACCUGGAACCUGGAUCAUAUAAUCGAGAAGAAGCGCACUGUGGUGCCCACGCUGGCUGAAGCAAUCCAGGAUGGGAGGGAGGUGAACUGGGAGUACUUCUACAGACUGCUUUUCACUGCUGAGAACCUGAAGCUGGUGCACAUUGCUUGCCACAAGAAGACCACACACAAGCUGCAGUGUGACCACAGCAGGAUCUACCGGCCCCAGACAGGAUCCAAGAAGAGGCCUGCUCGGAAGCGCCGGUGACACAUGCCAGCCCUCUGUGAAGUGACUGCAGUGGUGACGAGGCUGUUACGCUUACAUUUUGUCACUUAGAAGGUUCUAGAAAAGCCUUUAAGAGUCUCUGACAGAUCUGAGUAUCUUUCCAGUUUGCUCCCCAGCCUCUGACAGCCCAGUGUGCAGAGAACAGUGUUGGGUGCUCACUGUGUCCCUGUGCCAGGGUCUUCAUGCACAUGGCCAGGGCUGAACUUGGCCACUGUGGAAUGGGGGAUGGUGUUAGUUUGUACCUCAGUUUUUAUGGCCACCAUUUCACUGCAAUGGCAGCUCUGACUAUGUUUCUCUGAAAGAAAUGGUGCCUCUGGGGUAAAUGUUUGCAUUUCAUAAUGAACAUGGAGAAUGUUCUCUGCCGAACUGUUUAAAAUGGCAGGUGAGAAGCCUUCCAGAUGUCUCCUGGUGAAAUUACCUGACUGUGGCAUUAUCUUGAGCCAUGUUAAAUUGUUUUUAAUGGGUUAAAUAAUGUCUGUCUGUCAUGAAUCUCAUGACCCAACACUGAUAUAUUUAUGUAUGCACAAUUGGAGCAUGUUUAAGCUUUUAUGUGUAGAGAUGGGAAGCUGUUAAAGGCACAGAUGGCUUACCUGUGCAGAGAAUAACUCUGAAUUCAUGAUACUCCUGCCUCAUUCUUAGAGCUGGGAUUACAUUUGAUAUUAAAUGUGUGUCAGUUUGUGCACAGAGACAGUCUGAGGAAAUGCCACACUGUGAUAGCAAUAAUCCUGAGGUAUUCAGCAGGAUGAUAUUUGAUCACUAAGUACUAAUUUCCUACACCAUGUUUUUUAUAGUACUUGAUUUGUUUUUUGUUUUUGUUUUUCUUCUGAGAUGG